CUCCUCCCAUCCAUGCUGGACUUUUGCCUGCCUUGAUCGUGUACAGGUCUUGUGUGCACAGUCACAGCCGCAAUGAAUGAAGCGUCAUCCCUGUCACCUCUGGAAAGCCCUGUUUCUUCCGAGUACCGCUGGCCUGCGGUGCUGGCUCAUUCCACAUUGUGAAAUAAGACGAUCUGAACCUUGCACAGCCAGUCUUUGAGAUCACCUUCCCCAUUACCAGAAGGGCAGAAUGGGUCACAGACUGGGCUUAACUCGAGCCUAUCCCCCUGCCUCAGCCUCCCGAAUUCUGGGAUCGCAGGUAUGCACCACCACGCCUGGGUCAGUCUCCGGAAACCAUCAUCAUAGGCUGCGGGGAGCGAGAGGGGAGCCGUGGUCGGUGGUCCUGGCGCGAUGGAGGCUUUGCAGCAAGACCAACCUGUUGUGGGCUUGAACCCCAGGACGGAUCUGGAAGAAGAGCCUUCCUGCACGGUGGUGGACCCCUGCGCUGACACGAGCCCCCCGGUGGGGGUGGACUUGGGACUGCCACAAACCCAGGAGGCGGCUCCGACUGUGCCUCAGAUGGGCUUGGUGACAGAGCCCCUGCAGCGCCCACUUCCCCAACACCCGGAGGAGGAAAAGGAGCCGGAGGAGGAAAAGGAGCCGAGGGGCGCCGAACCCGGAGUGGAGCCUCCCGGCCGCGUCAGACCCAUAUACUCCGGGAGUUUUUCUGACCGGACGCCUUGCUGGCCAAGUGCAGGAAAAGUUAAGCCAGUUGGAGACAGAGUUGCAACCUGUUUGACUGAAAAACUUCCCAGGCUUAUUACUCCUCCUGAGGCUAAAAAGUAUUUCAACUUCAGAUACCCACCUCCUGGAGCGGAGCGGGUAUUUUACGGCAGAGCCAGUGACCCCCAGAUUGCACCUUGCUUGACACAUGGAAUAAGAUCUAAAGUUUCAGUGCAGGUGAGAACACUAGUAAACCCUCAGCCCAUUACUAAAUUCCAACAGAAAAUUAAAGACAAAAAAGAAUCUAUAUAUUUUAGCAAUCAAUGGGCACCAUUGGGAAAGUCUCAUGAUCAAACACCAGGAUUACCUAAAGGACUGGAUGUAAUCAACACGACAUUUGGGACACCGAUCAUCAGAGCCUACUCAAACUUUCACAACCUCCCCAAAUCCUACCACAUUUGUUAUUUGGUAUUUAAAGAAGGAAAGGAAGGACACGACCUUUAUGUUGUCUCUCACCAUGAUUAUUUUGCUGGAGAAGCAAAGAACAGAAAGUAUAACCCAGCGAGUUUCCAUAGGUUUGACUUGUAUGGAGUUCCGACGACACAUUUUAAUGAUGGACGUACCAUGGCCAAAACUUUACAUUGGCUCCAUGAACUGCAAAUGAAAAAAGGAGCUAAAAUUGUAUCCAAGAGAGUCGAUGACUUCAAAGAAAAGUUUCAACAUAAACUUGGAAAAGUUUUAGAUCCCAUUGCAGAAACGAUGAACGUCCCCCCAGACCACACAUUUGGAGCAUGUCUCCAGCCUGAGGAAUAUGGAGCUGGUGACCUCAUCCACAACAGACCCUCAGGUGAAUGCCUUCGAGGGACAGAUCGACAGCGGGCCCUGAUUGCAGCUGCUCGCCACCACUUGAAGAAGUUCAAUCACCAGCACUUUGACACUUUGCUGGAGGCCUUCAGGCACUAUGACAAGAAGGGAGAUGGGCUGAUAGACAGAGAAGAGCUGCAAGAAGCUUGUGACCAGGCCAACCUGCACCUGGACGAGACGCUCCUGGACCGGCUGCUCGACUACUGUGACGUGGAUCGCGAUGGCCUGCUUAACUACCUGGAAUUUGCCAAUUUCCUUAGCUGGAAAGACAAAGUACCUCUGAGAGAGUAUGAAAAGAGGGUCGUUAUCAGAGGCAGAAAACCAAACUGUGCAAACACUACUGAAGCUACUGUGAGAGACACCGAGCCAACUCUCCUGAUAAAGCCAGAAGACAUCGUCCCAAAAGAACCCGGGAGCUCCGAAGAGACUCUCCGCACACUCCUGAGACCAAGUGACAGAGUCUCUAAGCACUAUACGACAACUUCUUCUGAGAUCAACGCAGUCGUCGGAGCUGUUCCUGCUGUCUGUUACCCCAUCUAUGGCGUUCCAACUGUUCGGUCGGAUAUUCCCGCUCCCCGGAUUCGUCGCGUCAGUGACAUGAAUAAUUACGGAGAGGAGGGCAAUGCGUACUCAUUGCUGUACCCAUCCAUCUUCUCCCAGAAGGGAGUGUUUGAGAGAGACUUCUUCAGGACCAGAUCGAAGGAAGAGAUUUCAGAAAUAUUAACUAACAUUGGAGUCAAGCUUUCUGAAGAAGAAUUUGAAAAUGUGUGGAAUCUUGCAUCAAAAAAACACCAAGGAGGAGAAGUCUCUGUCGAGACCAUCAGGAACGUUCUUGAUGAACUAGAGCAUGCGGACAGGGCCAAGCAUAAAGCAUGUGAUAAUUUGGGAAUGCAACGAUUUAAACAACAGAAUCACUAA